UAGUAACACGUUGAGUUCAUUAAGAUCAAACUUGUGAUUAAUAAAUCUAAUAAUAAAUAUGCACAUAUUAUUUUUUAAAUAUUUGUUUCGUAAUUUGUUUUGGUUGAGGGUUUGUGAGCUGCAUGUGGAAAAAAUGACGUGACCAAUUUAAUAAUUUAAGCAUUGUAGUGAAGAUGAAUAAAAUUCCGUGAUCUCGUCUAUUCGUAAAUAUAAUAUGGAUUUCAUUUAAUUUAGAUGUAGAACUGUCCAUGAAACAAAUUCUUGUUCACUAACUGGAAUUGGGGAGUGGAAUUACUAAAAAUUGUGUGAUCACGUUUAUUCCGUUCAUGGGAAAACUUGUCCAGGAAAGUGUGUAGAUAACGCGACAAUGUGUACGACCAAGAGGGGUAAAAUAGUCGGUUAUUGUGCCAACGAAUUACCGUGUUGUGAUUUCACUGCAAAGAAUACGGGAAGUUGUGGAACCGUCCGGGUUGGAUCGUCUUCUUCACCUUCUGCCGUUUUCCAGUCGCCGGAUUAUCCAGACUUUAGUUCCGGGGAUUUGAAUUGUAAUUUUCAAUUUGACAUAUCAAACGUCUCAAAUAAAGGAUAUGACGGCAUACAGUUGAACUUUGAAGAUGCUUAUAUGGAAGGACCCGGUUUCGCCAGGCAUUCCCCGUGCGAGACGGAUAUGAUUUUCAUUAGAGGAUUCAAAUAUUGGCAACCCCCAGCUUGGUGUGGAAACUUGACGGGUUAUGUUGCCGUCAUCGAUAAGACGAAAAAUACAGCAUUUCUUAAAGUCGUCAACAUUUUGGCUCUGAUGUCAGGAUUUCGAUACAAAUGGAGGAUUAGUGUUAGUCUUAUUAAACGUUCAGCAACGUCUAAAAAUUCUGAAACAGAAAUGGAAAAUAUGGAAAAUGAGUUAUAUCCAAGUCCCAACAUCAAUUAUGCCGAUAUACAACCACAACCGGAAGUUAGACAAAGUGAAAGCAGAAGUAAUCACCGUUCAAGGUUUCAUACGAAAAGACACGCACCCAUAUUUUCUGACAACUCUGAGGAUGAAGAGAUGGACCCUAUUGCUGAACCUUUCAUAGUCAACGGCGAGGACACAAAUAUUACCGAUGUCCCUUGGCAAGCCAGUAUUCGCACUUUCUAUCCAGAUUCCUUCCUCAAAAUGGCAUCAAAAACUAUCAAUAACACAGACAAGUUUAAUCAGGAGAAAGAAGGGUGCUCUAUGGAGGGACGCCAUUUCUGCGGGGCUUCAAUCAUUUCGAAUAAGCAUGUCCUUUGUGCGGCACAUUGCUUUCACGGAAUGACAAAACUGUACGGAUUUAAACGACUCGACCACGUCAAAGUCUUCCUUGGGGAGACCGACUUGUGCGAGGACGAUUUGGUCAAGUAUGGAAGAAAGUCGCAAAACUAUUCUAUCGACAAGAUCAUUUUCCACUACGGGUACGACGACAUUAUUCUCAUGCAUGACGUUGUCAUUUUAAAACUCAAAGAAAAAAUCAAGUUUAAUGAUUACAUAAAACCAAUCGCACUCUCAAAACGGAACAAGGUGUAUUACGGUCAACAAGCCAAAUCCAGUGGAUGGGGUCUCACGAAUUUGACAGCGAAAGGAGCAUCUCUGCCAACGAUUCUGCAAUCCACGGGUAAAAUGUUUGUCGAAAAUAAAACUUACUGUGACGCUUUCCUAGAAAAAGGAUGGGCAGCGUCAAAAAGUUUGAUGGCGUCGUAUCCCAAAUAUUACAACGCUUAUGAGUCCGUAUUUUGUACAAGUUCGAAAAAUGAUUCAAUCUCAAAAUUAGUUGGAAGUGGUGACAGUGGAGGAAGUAUAAUUGUGUUUGACAAGACUCAUGAUCCACCUCUGCCAGUUCAGAUUGGAAUCGUGAGCUAUGGAUUGGACGGGCUGGAAAGCAAACGAGAACAUGAUAACGUGUUUGUCGACUUUUUCCAAUCGGUGUCAUUUUAUCGAGAUUGGAUUGAUUUGGCAAUGUCGGUUUAAGCAAAUGCUUGCAUAACAAUUUAUUCAGAGUUUGAGUGGAAGAGAGGAAAAUUUUAUUUUAAAUAGUAGCAAAUUGUUUUUGACAGUAAAUUGUGGUACUUAUUACAUGUGAGUUAAAUUUAAUGUGUGACAAUAUAUACAAACAAUGGGCACUUUAUAGUUCCAUAUAAUUAAUAAGGCAUAAUUGUUCCCAAUUGUUAAUGAUUGUCUUGCACGCUGGAAUGUUUCGUAUUUUGCAAUAAAGAGAAUUCUAUUACA